GGUACGCGGCGCCAUGGCGGGAGGCCUGGAGUCGCUGGAGUCAUGCUUGGAGCAGCACAUCCCGCCCGAGGACCUCGCCGAGGUGAAGCGGAUCCUCUACGGGGGUGAGGCAAGAAAACUUAAUUUGCCAGCUGCUGCUCUAUCUGCAGCUCAGGAAAGAGACUUUGAGCUACAGGGCUAUGGAUUUGAAGCUGCUCCAGAGCAAUUGAGAAGGCCACGUAUUGUUCGAGUAGGACUGGUACAAAAUAAAAUUCCACUUCCCACAGACACAGCCGUGGCAGUCCAGGUGGCUGCACUGCACAGACGAAUUGAGGAGAUUGUGGAAGUAGCUGCAGUGUGUGGGGUCAACAUAGUUUGUUUCCAGGAGGCUUGGACCAUGCCCUUUGCUUUUUGUACAAGAGAGAAGCUUCCUUGGACUGAAUUUGCUGAGUCAGUGGAGGAUGGGCCAACAACAAAAUUCUGUCAAGAGCUGGCAAAGAAAUACAAUAUGGUUUUGGUAUCUCCGAUCCUGGAGCGAGAUGAAAUACACGGGGGAACUCUGUGGAAUGCUGCAGUGGUCAUUUCUAAUUCUGGAGCUGUCCUUGGCAAAACUAGGAAAAAUCACAUUCCAAGGGUUGGAGACUUCAAUGAGUCUACUUACUAUAUGGAAGGAAAUACAGGACACCCAGUGUUUCAGACACAGUUUGGAACAAUUGCUGUGAAUAUCUGCUACGGGCGCCAUCACCCUCUGAAUUGGCUCAUGUUUAGUAUGAAUGGAGCAGAGAUCAUCUUUAACCCUUCAGCCACUAUAGGAACGCUCAGCGAGUCACUGUGGCCGAUUGAAGCAAGAAAUGCUGCCAUAGCUAAUCACUGCUUUACAUGCCCCAUCAACAGGGUGGGAACGGAAUACUACAAAAAUGCCUUUACUUCUGGAGAUGGUGGAAAAGCACACCAUGACUUGGGCCAUUUUUAUGGCUCAAGUUACGUAGCUGCACCAGAUGGCAGUAGGACCCCUGGACUCUCUCGCACUCAGGAUGGACUUCUGGUGGUAGAGAUGGAUCUAAAUCUUUGCAGACAAGUCAGUGAUAAAUGGAAUUUUAAGAUGACUGGUAGAUAUGAAAUGUAUGCAAACAAGCUCACUGAAGCAGUCCAGCCUUAUUUCAUACCCAAUAUAAUCAAAGAGUAAGAGAGAGCAUCUCAUUACAAUCAGAUGUUACAUAACAAAUUAACAGGUACUGUUGGGUGAUAGCUUUACUGUGGAUCACAAGUUGUUAUUUUAAUGUUGUCAUUUUAAUUUCUUCUAACCAACUUUUAAAUAAUAGGAUUCAAAACUGUGUGAAGUAAAAUCAUU